AUGGCUGCUAAUGAUAUUGCUACUUCAGAAACCACUGAAGGACCCGUCUUGGCUAUCAUCAACAGGCGUCACCGUGCUCUCCAUAAGAAACAGAAGCGAAUCACUCAGAUGGAAGAAUCGAUCUCUCAGGGGAAAACACUAAACAAGGAGCAAGAGGAAGUCCUCCGCUCGAAACCAGCCGUCCUCGUCCUCAUCGAAGAGCUCAACAAGCUCCGUGAUCCUCUCUCCACCGCCGUCUCAGAAGAAAUCAGCCUCGCGACUCAGAAUUUGGUGGAGAUUUUGUAUUUUGGUUCGCUCUUGGAUGUGAAGUGUCAAAGCGAUCUGGAUUCCGAUUCCAUUUCCAAACUCCGGAGCUUGAUAAUGUCCCGCGUCGAUUCGAGCCUAUCUCACAAGGACGCAUUGGAUUGUUGCAUCGACCACGCCAAGUUGUGGCUUGCUAAAUCGGAUAAGCCAAUUGAAUCAAACAGCAACGUCUCAUAUGGCGCUCUAAGAGAGCAAUUGAAGAAAUUCAUGGCUUCGGAUUACUUCACUACUAGGCUGGACUGCGAGCAAAAGGAAGUAGAUGAAAAUUGCAAACAAGAUUCAGUUGCUACUGGUCAUACCGUAUCCACAUGCAGUAAAACUGCAUCCAUCAUAAGUGAGGAAUUGAAAUUUUUUUAUUGA